AUGUUGCUCUUCAGGGACAGAGCAAUGUGCAAGGGGAACCAAUCAACUCGAUCUCUUCCAUUGGGCUGGCAAUGCCCUCUUGAACCUGCAUCCCAUUUCCUUUUGUUAGUUCUGACGUUGAUAACCAAACAUUCUCGUCAUUAUUCAGGACUAUCGGCUUUGCGAACCUACGGUCAACCUUCGCUUCGUCCCGCCAGCAAACCCACUACGACAGCUUGGCAUAGACUCUAUAUCUUCUAAGCUUUCACCAGAGGACGGCAUGUACUGCCACGAGUAAUAGCGCUUCUAUGCACCCCUUCUCUAUUCUGACGCUCGGCAUCUUCGUCGCUGGUUACAUCACUGCCCGUUGGGAUCUCGUCACUCGUCUCUAUGAACUUGCCAUCUUCGCUUGGGAAAACGGUGUUGUCACACGCGCAGCGAAAGCCUUUGCUGCACUAUCCGUCCUCUUUCUCUCUAUUUGCGCCCCGACCGUCUUACUAGCCAGAAAAGAAACGAAUCUGGUACGCCCGAUUACAACAUCCGAAGCCGCUGACAAUGGCUAACAAGAUUUGUUCAGCAUCCAAGAGGAACAGGAACUGGUGUCUCUGCGCGGGAACAACUCAGAAGACGUGGUUCAUUUUAAGAGCCUCGUCCUAGUUGACAUAGUUGCUUGUCAUGGUAGAGCAUGAUGGGCUGAUGAGAGUGUUCUGGCCGACGGACAUUCGCAAGUCCGAUCGCCCUGGUGUCGUGGUGGGAUGGCGCAAUUCCAUAUUGGACGUGUUUGUUGUAACCAUCCUCGAAGAUGUCGAUGUUUGUUUGGUGUAUUGCAAUACGAUAGCAGGGGUAUGCUAACUGUUCUCAGGCACGAAAUACCGAAUUCUAUCUCAAAGCCGGUACUUUGUUCCGCAGCGAACUUCACCCGACUAGCCAGAUCACCGAUAUGUGUGGCCAUAGCUCAAUGCAUGUCCUUGGCCUCUCGAAUGCCAUCGAUGCAGCCGCCGCAGACCCUUCUUGGUUUUGUGCUACGACGAACUCAGAUCCAAGGGAACCAAAAAUUACAUGCGCGAAGGCCGUCAGCGUACAACUCAUUCUAUAUGGCCGACCUCAGCCCCAGGGAAUGCAAUACGUUUCGCUGAAUCCGAUUGCACUAGCGCUUGGUCAUGAUGGUUCCUUGUUAGGCGACACAACAGUGUCGGAAGGGGAGCAAGAGACUCGAGAGCGCCAAAAGAAAGAAGAGAAGCGCAAAUUGGUUGAGAAGCUCAAGCAGCACACCAUUUUCAAACGAGUUCCCUCUGCGCGCGAUAGGGCCCUGCCCAAAAUCAUCAAUCAGAUAAACUGGUCUUGGGAGCUGGAGAAGACGUUGCAUAAAAAUGUAGGACGGCUGGGGUCAAGACCACGCCGAAGCCUUAGUGUGUCUGAAAGGGUUGUUGAGACAGCAUCGACAAUGCGAAAUUAUGUCAUCCUUCAGUUGUGGACAUGGUUUACGCUCUACCUUUUCCCUACUAUACGCAAGACCUUUGUCCUUGUUCUCAUGGGCCACCGCGUUGUAGCAGAGAUGUUGCUCUUGCUGCUUGAAUUUCGAGCCAAGCCUGGUUAUGCGGCUCUGAAAGAUAUAUCGGCUACAGCACAACAAGUUGAGAUACGACUACAACAGUUUUGCUAUUGGCCGAUGCAGUAUAUGACAUUGCGGCAACGGAAAAACAACUGGGCCAGUGUUACAACUAGCCAUCCAGAUUAUAUCCGUUUCUACAACAGCUUAUGGCUUGUUGCCAACGAUGUCAUCAUCGGAAUCGCUCUAGGUUCAUACAUUAUUGAGAAUGCAGACUGGGUUGCUGAGCAAAUCGGGGACUUACUCCAGACCUACACGGUAGACGCACUUCAAAGCAGCAUAUCAUGGCUCAUGGGCUGGCCGGCUGGUCUCAAGCUCAAUGGUGAACUGGCAGCUUUCUUAGGAGAUUUGUUCCUUUGGGUCAUUGAUUACUGGUCUAGUUGUAUCGAGACUCUAACACCAGCAUUACCCCAGAUGGUGUGGUUCAUAGGGUUCUCCUCCUUUGCUGGAGCUAGCAUGCCAAUUGCCAUGUUCUCCGAUAUGCUAUCCACCCUGACCAUUCACAUCUACUCGUUCUACCUUGCAUCCGGACGGAUAUACCAUUGGCAGCUCACCAUUCUCCAGUCCCUCUUCCAUCUUUUCCGUGGCAAGAAACACAACGUUCUUCGCAACCGUAUCGAUUCUUGCGACUACGAUUUAGAUCAACUCCUUGUUGGCACCAUCCUCUUUACGCUACUCUUCUUCCUCUUGCCCACAGUCGCCGUCUUCUAUCUCAACUUUGCCAUCGCAAGGAUGGCUAUUAUCUCUUUAAAGGCUGGCUUUGAUACCCUUCUUUCAUGUCUAAACCACUUUCCUUUGUUUGCACUUAUGUUGAGAAUAAAAGAUCCAAGGAGACUUCCAGGUGGUAUACGAUUCGAGCUCCGAGAUAGUCACGACUAUAGGCACGACAAAGCAAAUAAUGCUGACGGAUUGCCGCCUACAUCGGUCAUCUACCUCAAGGUGUGUAGUUUCCGAUUGCUCGUAUGCAACCUAGCACGCUGACACCACUCUUAGUCGAUUCCUCUGACGUUCCGGAUCAUGUUCAACCAAUACUUCCAGAUGGCAAAUCGCAUCCGGAAGCACUACCUGUCACCAAAAGUCUUCUUCUGCUUGCUGACGGGCAAGUUCGUGCCGCCAAUAAACCGCAAGAACUUAUAUAGUCUACAAUACAGCAUGUUGCCGGCUCGUCGGGCAACCAUCUGGGAGAUGUGGAGAGCGUUGAAUACAGAGACCAAACCAGCAAAGCGGAUGCCGCUGCCUUAUAUCCCACCAUUGUCCAAUGCAGGCAGAAGAACCUCAGCGAAUAAUGGACGGGCUAGAUGAAUGAUAGACAUGAGAAUUGCUUGAGUAGUAAUGAACAACAGCUACAAGUAUCAAUGGGUUCUGUAGAAAUUGCUGUGAAAGUGAAUAGUCAGGACAAUCAACUGAGAGACGGUCAGAUCCGGUAAUUGUGCAUCGAUCGAGACCUAGUCUUGGUAUCACAC